UACAGCUACUGUACUGGAAGAGCGCUAGGUUUCGGGAGCCUUUUUGGUGUCAUGGUUCAGUAGUUUGCCUUUAAAAUUAACUUUUUUUUUCGUUUUUGAGUUUUCGGAAAGACAAAUUUCGCCACGUGUUAGAGCUUGAGGCUCUCCUUUUUUGUUUUGUUUUGUUUUUUUUUUUUCGAGACAGGGUUUCUCUGUAUAGCCAUGGUUGUCCUGGAACUCACUUUGUAGACCAGGCUGGCCUCGAACUCAGAAAUCUCCCUGCCUCUGCCUCCCGAAGCGUGCGCCACAGCUGCCCGGCUUGAGGCUCUCUUCUUACACCCACUUUACUGGGUGGAUUGACACUCGAUCCUUGUGUCAAGACAGUGAGACAGCUCGCCUUUUAGCUGUGCCUGGUUUUAGUUCUGCUCAUUGGGGGACACCGAGCCCCGGACGACCGUCCCUCCGAGACUCCAGACACCAUCCCCAUUUGGUCUCUGUCCCUGCGCGGGGGGGAAGCCCAGCCCCUCGGGUGCGACUAGGAAUGAAGCUGGACGGCGCCAAAGAGAAGUCGGAGGUCGGCUGCUCCCAGCCUGCAGAGGGCUCUCCCCCGGCCCUCGAACCAGCCUUCUCCAGGAUUCUGCAUCGUCUCAGCCGCCCAGAGUCAUCAGGACAGGACAGCGUAAGAAAUGUCGCUCUUAAAGACUUCGGCGCUUUAAUAGAAGCCGCCGAAGGUGACAGAUUCUUUGAGGGGAGUGGGAGUGGGGGAUCCCUCCGGGGGAUGCCCGAGAUCCUGGGGCAGGUGGUGAGAGCCCUGGAGAAGUUCGCAGCACCCGAGGAGAAGGCAGAUGGGGUCGAAGAGCAUCCCGAAGUGCCCGAGAAGGCGACUGAAGUUGGCUCAUUGUUUCUAAAGCUGUUGGGGAAGGUUGAAGCUGCCAAGAGUUCUCCCGACUGCCCAGCGUGGAAGACAGGCCUCCGUCACAUGUCAGGACCCGUGUAUAUUUUUGCCAUCACACACAGAUUGAAGCAGCCAUGGACCAGUCCAGCAUCUCAGCAUGUUGCUGGUGAGGUGCUGUCUUUAUUGCUUAGAGUUACUGAAUGCAGUUCUGUGGCAGGAUUCCUAUGCGGAGAAAAUGAAGACGAUCGAGGGAGAUUUGCUGUGGUCUUGGGGCUUCUUAAGCCCCAUUUGAAUAAGGAAACCUGGAAGAAGAAUCCUGCUGUCAAACAUGUUUUCUCGUGGACUCUCCAACAAGUCACUCAGCCCUGGCUGAAUCAGCAUCUAGAAAAGACACUUCCUCCGUCUUUGCUCAUCUCAGAUGACUAUCAGACGGAGAAUAAAAUCCUGGGUGUCCAGUGCCUCCAUCACAUUGUGGUUAAUGUGCCAGCUGCGGACUUGCUGCAGUACAACAGAGCCCAGGUUCUGUACCACGCCCUCUUCAAUCACCUGUACAUGCCUGAGCACCACCUCAUUCAGGCUGUGCUCCUGUGCCUCUUAGACUUAUUCCCUGUCCUAGAGAAGGCUCUGCACUGGAAGGGAGAUACAGUUCGAGUCACCACACACUGUCAUGAAGUGCUACAGCUGAUCCUCACCCACAUGGAGCCAGAGCACCGCCUCCUCCUACGGAGGACCUAUGCCAGACACCUGCCAGCUUUCGUGAAGAGGUUGGGGAUCCUAACUGUCCGGCACUUGAAGAGGCUGGAACAAGUUAUCCUUGGUUAUCUGGAGGUUUAUGAUGAACCAGAAGAUGAAACUAGGUUGAAGAUACUGGAAACCCUGAAACUUGUCAUGCAGUAUGCUUGGCCCAGAAUUUCCUGCAGAGUUGUGGUCUUACUGAAGGCUCUCCUGAAACUGGUGUGUGAUAUAUCAAGGGACACGAUCCCCACAACUGAGGCCGCUAAGAGUACAAUGCUCCAGGAAGCCACAGACUGCCUGAUUCUCCUGGACCACUGUUCCCAGGGGCAGGUGAAGGGUCUUCUGGCUAAACUUGCAGUAUCCUGUGAAGACAACACAGUGGUGAGCUGCAUCANGAAGGUACAGCAGGGCUCUGCACAUUCUCCUGGCGAUGACACUGAAGAUGGGCCUUGUCGAAGGCAUGGAUGGGGAAGUUGUAGAUGUCGCCAUACUGAAGAACAAACACAGACCACCUUUAACUAUGCCUGAGUAUCACACCUUUCCAAGUUCCUCUGCUCAACAACCAGGGGCCAAGUAAGAGAACAGUAAUGCAGUAUAUUUCUAUAGUUUUCCAGCCUAGCUACAGAAUGCUUUUGUCAUUAAUAAUCUAAGCUGAGAAGCAAUAGUGACAUUUUUUAAAAAGAGACUUUUUAUUUUAAUGACCCUUAAAAGAUUAGAGAACUACACAGAAGCAAAAGCUCUAGGCAUUGAGGCUGGGGCGAAGCUCAACACAUUUAAAUUCUCAGGUCCAACACCAACAUCAUUCACACCGGACAUGGUGACAGACACUUAUUCACCCUCAUCUUUUGCUACAUCUUUUGAAUCUAAGGCCAGUGUGGGAUAUCAUUAGCUAUGGACUCAAAACAACAAGAUACACUCUAGGGAGUGGGGAAGGUGCCCAAAUGAGUGGGGUGCUGAAUGACUAUAUACCAAGGGCCCCAGAGCCCCAGACUCCAAUAGCAAAGCCUCCUCCCCAGGGAUGGCAAAGCCACCCUUGGUCUCAGUGCAAACGAUGACAAGAUGUGGAGAAAAUGUGCCAUAGUUCAGCCUCUCCCAUGAAGUAUUCCCACUAGAGAUACUACUGAGACUAGUUAAACCUGUCUCCUCAACCUAGUAGUAUCCAUAAACCUGCAUCCCUGGAGCUGGCGAGAUGGCUCAGUGGUUAAGAGUGCCAACUGCUCUUCCAAAGGUCCUGAG